AUGGAGAGGCUCAUUAACAGCAAAAGCAGUAUUGCAAGAUACCGGAUCAUAUUCCUACCAGAACGCAAUUUAUAUGAUCCGAUAAGGCGCCUGUAUGUUAAUAAAGAAUGGUUGAUGAUGGAAUCGACUUGGGAAAAGAUAGAAAAGAAGAUAGUAAGUUCACUUCCUCCAAUUGCGGAAAACCUGGAAUCACUUUUAGAAAAAUAUAAUAAAGCUAUCAUAGACGCCACAACCGGAUACUAUGUAGAUUUGCAGAAGAGACUGGUAUCUUCAGUGGAUACAACAAAUUUACACCACCUUCUUAAAAUGUUUCCAGACGUCAUUCAACCCCUUAAUGAUGCUGACGUGUCUGAGUACGCAUACAGAAGUUGGAUCGUAAAUCAACUUUGGGAGGAGAUUUUUUUGGACGUAAACAGUAUAAUCCGGAUGAAAACAGGUGAAGUUGAAAAUAUUGAUAGGAAAACCCAAUUGGACCUCGCAAGGGAUGUAGAUAAACGUAAAUCGUGUGUAGGUAGCUGGCAUCAUGACGCCAUUUUAACUAUGAAAGCCGGGAAUAAGGAUUUUCAAAUAGCAUUUGGUGAGGUAAUCGGGAACGCGUUUAAACAAGAUGACAAAAAGUUGAACGAGGACCGAGAGAAAAUACUCAAAGCCAUGCGGUUAGCCCUUCCAAAACUUUUGAAACUAUUGCCCGAAAAUGUGCCAGGUAUCGAGGAGUUGGAAACUUUCGGAUUACUUGUGUAUAAAAAGAAGUUCCUUCUUUAUUCAAUGCAUUACGUGGAUGGAAUUUAUUUUGUUAAUCAGUACGAUGGAUUCACAAUUCCUGAUACACCAUUACAGCUGGGGAAUAUAUCUGAUAUCAUUCGCAUAAUGCUUAUGUUUAAGAAUCGUGUUAUAAAACUCCAACAGCAUGUGGAAUCUUUGUAUAAAUCCAAAACCAGUUUUAAACAUGGCAGUACUCUGCAUGCAAAUGAUGACGAUUCAGAUAUUCUUGUGUCUAUUCAUUAA